AUGAUAUCGCCCACUUUGACGACUGUUCGAAGUAUACAAAAUGCUAUGAACUUAUUGACAACGUAUCUUCAGUUAACAGCUUAUCUGUAUUCACCACAACCUAACUUGGAAGAUGAAUGUAAGUUUGACUACUUAGUAGUGGGUGCUGGAUCUGCUGGAGCUGUUAUAGCGAACAGACUAUCUGAGGAUGCACAGAGAACAGUACUGCUAAUAGAGGCCGGGGGGAACCCUCCAUUAGAAACUACGUUACCAUCGUUAGUGGCUUACCUCAAAAACUCACCAAUUGAUUGGAAUUUUACAAGUACAGACAAAGUAUGUACACAUCAUAAUUGCGAUUUCCCUGCUUUAACUCAAGGGAAAAUGUUGGGAGGAUCCAGUAGUCUCAACUAUAUGAAUUACAUUAGAGGAUCUCCGAGCGACUACGAUGCUUGGGCUGCUCUACUGAAUGAUGAAUGUUGGACUUUUAGUAACGUACUACCCGAUUUUAAAAAAAGCGAAAGAUUUCUAAGUUUCAAUUCUAUUACUUCAGGAGCUCGGAGCUUUCAUGGAGAAGAUGGAUAUUUAGGAGUAACAAAAGCUCAACGCAAGGAAGAUGCAAUAUAUUUGAAAGCAUUUCAUGAACUUGGUCACAAAAUAGUGUCAGAUGUCAAUGGUGAUUCUAUGUUGGGUUUUACAGAACCUAUGUUUACAUACGAUAAAACUGCUCGUCAGAGUACUGCGUAUUCUUUCUUGUCACCAAUCAAAGAUCGCUCUAAUCUUAUAGUUUUAAGGAAUGCUUUAGCAACACGAAUAAUUUUUGAUAACAAUAAUGUUGCCAUAGGUGUUGAAGUGAACACGAAUAAUGAAAAGCGUAUAUUCUAUGCUCAAAAAGAAGUAAUAAUCUCAGCUGGAGUUUUCAAUUCACCUAAACUUCUCAUGUUAUCAGGAAUAGGGCCGAAAACACAUCUAGAGCAAUUGGGUAUUAAAACAAUUUCAGAUCUUCCUGUUGGAGACAAUUUACAAGAUCAUGCCGGUACUCCGGUAAUAAUUUCUAUGGAGAAUUUAAAAAACCCAACUACUAUUCCUAACCCACAUGAUUAUCCAGUAUCCAUGACCCAUGGUUAUGUAACAUUAAACAAACAAUCCCAAAUCCCUGACUACCAAGCAUUAAAUUAUGUUGUAAAUUCUGAAGCAUUUCCUAUGUACUGUGAAUUAACUUGGGAUUAUAAGAAAUCAGUUUGUGAUCAACUAAAUCCACAAAAAGCCGAUAGCCCGAUAUUAUUUGGCGUCAUCAACCUUUUGCAUCCAAAAUCUAGAGGAAAGGUUUCAUUGAAAAGCACAAAUCCUUUGGACCCUCCAGUGAUUGAAGCUGGAAUGUUCUGUGAUAAAGAAGAUCUUGAAAAUAUUGUUGAGUAUGUUGAAGACUAUAUUAGUGUGGUUAAUACAACGACAUUUAGAGAGGCCGGAGCAAAAAUUGUUUAUUUGAACUUUCAAGAUUGCACUCAUGAACAUGGUAGUAAAGAUUACUGGAAGUACUACGCGUCAAGUAUGUCUUAUUCGUAUUUUGAUUUUGUCGGCACCUGUUCCAUGGGUUCAGUUGUUGAUUCGCGGCUGCGCGUUAUUGGAGUUCAAAACCUUCGAGUGGCAGACUCUAGCGUUAUUCCUAUCAUUACAAGUGGGAACAUGAAUGCUCCAACUAUCAUGAUUGGAGAAAAAGCGGCCCAAAUGAUUAAGGAGGACAAUGCUAAUUAA